AUGUCCUCCCAUUCUCACCACGCAUGCGCGGCUCCCAGAGCACGCAGUGCGGCGAUCGGCGGUGCGCUGUGUCCCUCGGACACAGCAGAUCACCGAUCCACGGAAAGAGCCGAAGAUGUCGGCUCGGUCAUGUGAUCAGCUGUGUCCAAUCACAGCUGAUCACAUCAGCGCCACCUGUCAGUGUCCAUCAGUGCCAGCUCUCAGUGCUCAUCCAUGCCACAUAUCAGUGCCCAUCUGAGCUGCCUUUCAGUGUCACCCAUCAGUGCCAGUCAGUGCCACCUAUCAGUGCUGCCAAUCAGUGCCACAUAUCAGUGCAAGUCAGUGCUGCCUAACAGUGCCAGUCAGUGCCACCUAUCAGUGCCAUAUAUGAGUGCUACCUUUCAGUGCCCAUCAGUGAUGCCUGUCAAUGCCCAUCAGUGCCACCUACCAGUGCCUCCUCAUCAGUGCCCAUCAGUGCCACCUAUCAGUGCCCACCACUGAAGCCUCAUUUGCGCACAUCAGUG